AUGGCGGAGCAGGAGAGCUUGGAGUUCGGGAAAGCUGAUUUCGUGUUGAUGGAUUCCGUCACUAUGUCGGAGUUCAUGGCCAACCUCCGGCUGCGGUUUGAAAAGGGCCGGAUUUACACAUUUAUUGGGGAAGUGGUUGUUUCCAUGAAUCCUUACAAAAACUUGAACAUCUAUGGGCGUGACAUGAUUGAGCAGUACAGAGGGAGGGAGCUGUAUGAGAGACCUCCUCACCUCUUUGCCAUUGCUGAUGCUGCUUACAAAGCCAUGAAGAGGAGAUCAAAGGACACCUGUAUUGUAAUAUCAGGUGAAAGUGGGGCUGGGAAGACUGAGGCCAGCAAAUACAUCAUGCAGUACAUUGCUGCCAUCACCAACCCUGGGCAGAGAGCAGAGGUGGAAAGAGUGAAGAACAUCCUGCUGAAAUCCAACUGUGUGCUGGAGGCCUUUGGCAAUGCCAAAACAAAUCGUAAUGACAACUCCAGCAGGUUUGGGAAAUACAUGGAUAUCAACUUUGAUUUUAAAGGAGACCCAAUAGGUGGGCACAUCAAUAAUUAUUUGCUGGAGAAGUCUCGGGUGAUUGUGCAACAGCCAGGAGAGAGAAGCUUUCAUUCUUUUUACCAGCUCCUCCAGGGGGGUUCUGACCAGAUGUUACGUUCUCUGCAUCUGCAGAAGGAGGCAGCUGCAUACAGCUACAUCUGUCCUGGAGCACAGAUAAAGUGUUCCAUAAAUGAUGGUGCAGAGUUCAAAGCAGUAGCUGAUGCCAUGAAAGUGAUAGGCUUCAAGCAAGAGGAGAUCCAGACUGUCUACAGAAUCCUGGCAGCCAUUCUGCACUUGGGGAACUUGAAGUUUUCUGUGGAUGGUGAUACACCUGUGAUAGAAAAUGGCAAGGUUGUGUCCAUCAUUGCAGACUUGCUGUCAACAAAAGCUGAGCUGGUGGAGAAGGCUCUCCUGUUCCGGACGGUAGCGACGGGUCGGGAUGUCAUUGACAAGCAGCACACUGAGCAGGAAGCCACCUAUGGCAGAGAUGCCUUUGCAAAAGCUAUCUACGAGAGGCUCUUCUGCUGGAUUGUGAGCCACAUCAAUGAUGUCAUUGAAGUGAAGAACUAUGACACCACAAUACAUGGGAAAAACACAGUCAUUGGUGUCCUGGAUAUCUAUGGCUUUGAAAUAUUUGACAACAACAGUUUUGAGCAAUUUUGCAUCAAUUACUGCAAUGAAAAGCUCCAGCAGCUCUUUAUUCAGCUGGUUCUAAAGCAGGAGCAGGAGGAGUACCAGCGAGAGGGAAUUCCCUGGAAGCAUAUAGAUUACUUUAACAACCAGGUCAUCGUGGACCUGGUGGAGCAGCAGCACAAGGGGAUCAUUGCCAUCCUGGAUGAUGCCUGCAUGAACGUUGGGAAGGUUACAGAUGAGAUGUUCCUUGCAGCUCUCAACAACAAGCUGGGGAAGCAUGCUCAUUUCUCCAGCAGAAAGCUUUGUGCAACUGACAAAACCCUGGAGUUUGACAGAGACUUUCGAAUCAAGCACUAUGCUGGAGAUGUGAUUUACUCAGUCACUGGGUUUAUUGACAAAAACAAGGACACUUUAUUUCAAGACUUCAAGCGCCUGAUGUACAACAGCUCCAACCCUGUCCUGAAGAUGAUGUGGCCUGAAGGGAAACUGAGCAUCACUGAGGUCACCAAGAGACCCCUGACAGCUGCUACUCUCUUUAAGAACUCCAUGAUUGCUCUGGUGGACAACCUGGCCUUGAAGGAGCCCUACUACGUCCGCUGCAUCAAGCCCAACGACAAGAAGUCCCCUCAGGUGUUUGAUGAGGAAAGAUGCAGACACCAGGUGGAGUACCUGGGGCUGCUGGAGAAUGUCCGAGUGCGCCGGGCGGGCUUUGCCUUCCGCCAGACCUAUCCCAAAUUCCUCCAGAGGUACAAGAUGAUCUCGGAAUUCACGUGGCCAAACCAUGACCUCUCCUCAGACCAGGAGGCUGUGCAGAAGCUGAUUGAGAGUCAUGGUUUCCAGGAUGAUGUUGCUUAUGGCAAGACCAAGAUCUUCAUCCGCACGCCUCGAACUCUUUUCACCUUGGAGGAGCUGCAUGCCAAGAUGCUUGUGAGGAUUGUCCUCUUCCUACAGAAGGUCUGGAGGGGCACCUUGGCACGCCUGCGCUACAGGAGGACGAAGGCUGCCCUCACCAUCCUCAGGUCCUACCGGGGGUACAAGGUCAGGGCCUACAUCCAGGACCUGGCCCGGCGCUUCCACAGCCUCCGCCAGAUGAAGGACUACGGGAAGCACGUGCCAUGGCCAACCCCCCCCAAGGUGCUGCGGCGCUUCGAGGAGGCUCUGCAGAACAUUUACCAGAGGUGGAGAGCAGGUGAACUCAUCCGGAGUGUCCCACCAGAAGUCCUCCCUCAACUGAGGGCCAAGGUUGCUGCCAUGGAGGUGCUGAAGGGUCACAGAGCUGACAUUGGCCUCCAGAGAGCAUGGGAGGGGAAUUACAUCGCCCUGAAACCAGAGAACCCACAGAGCACGGGCUCCUUCAUCCCCGUUGCCAAUGAGCUGAAAAGGAAGGACAAGUACAUGAAUGUCCUCUUCUCCUGCCACGUCCGCAAGGUCAAUAGGUUCAACAAGGUGGAGGACAGAGCAAUCUUCAUCACUGACAGACACCUGUACAAGAUGGACCCCAUGAAGCAGUACAAGGUGAUGAAGACCAUCCCUCUCUAUAAUCUGGUGGGACUCAGUGUCUCCAAUGGCAAGGACCAGCUCGUGGUCUUCCACACCAAAGACAACAAGGAUCUCAUUGUCUGUCUCUUCAGCAAAGAGCCCUCCAACGACAGCAGAAUUGGGGAGCUGGUGGGAGUCCUGGCAAACCACUUCAAGAGGGAGAAGCGGUCCCUGCAGGUCAGUGUCACCAACCCGGUUCAGUGCAGCCUGCACGGCCGCAGGUGCACGGUCUCGGUGGAGACGCGGCUCAAUCAGCCCCAUCCGGAUUUCACCAAGCACCGCUCCGGAUUCGUGCUCUGCGUGCCAGGAAACUGAGGCAGCCCGGAGGGGACACUGCAGGAGGAUGGAUGGAUGGACGGACGGACGGACCCGGGCUUCUCCAUCGCCCUCCCCGUGCCUUGGACUUCUUCUCCAGAUGCUCAGCUGUGACUUGGAGAGCUCCCAGAGCUUGAGCUUUAGCAACCCCCAAAUGCAUGAGAGGGCUUAAAAUAGCCAAUGACCUGGAUCCAUCUUCCAAAAGAGGCCAAAAUAUCAGGAAAGUGCUUCUGGAUUUGUGCAAAAAAAGCAUUAUAGGUACUUACACCCUUCCCCACGUUGAUUUCCUGAACCCUCUCCACGA